GGACCAUCGAUAGGCCAGCAUGCGUUGCGCGCAUUAACACUUGCCUGAACGAACCAACUAACCGACAGAAAAGUUAAGACCGCUCAAAACCAAAAACAUACCAGAAAAAAGUCGGUGCCGACGGAUAUCAAAGGAUUAGCUUCUUACCAAAAACAAUGGCAGCCCAAACCAUUCUAUUUGAUUUCACACUAGACAAGGAUAAAACAGCUGAUGCCCAGCAACGACAGGAGGUGGCAAAAAUACUAAGAAAUGAAUUGGAGCAUGUUUUCCCUCAACUGGAGCUGGCCUACAGCAUGGAGUCUGAGGAGAACGGUUACUUUUCUGUUCUCCACGAGAACAAGGAUACCAUAAUCACUUGUCGCAUAUUCCAGCAUGGUCUACUGACUCUCAACGUGGAGUAUUAUUUACCCGAUGGCAAGGAGCCGAUCAUAUCCUUUGAUACCAUACGCACAUUGGAACUAAUUUUACGGCAAAAAUUAGAUUCCGAUCGAUCCAAAUAUUUGCCUCCAAUUAAACGUGGUGGAUAUAUCGAUAUAUACAUGACUAGCUCAGAUGAACGCAUUAUUGAAUACGAUAUCGAUACUUUGGUCUACGAGACACGUUCACCGUUCCAGAAGAUUCAAAUUAUGCACUCCAAGACAUUGGGAAAUAUGCUAAUACUAGAUGAAUUGCAAAAUAUCGCCGAGUCUGAUUUGAUCUAUACUGAAACAUUGAUGGGCCGUGGCAUUGAGAACUACGAGGGCAAAGAGAUUUGCAUUCUUGGCGGUGGGGAUGGUGCCCUGCUCUACGAACUGCUCAAAGAGAAUCCCAAACAUGUGGUUAUGCUCGAGAUUGAUGAACUUGUGAUGCAGGCAUGCAACAAACAUCUCAAUUCAAUUUGUGGUGAUGUCCUGGAGAAACGUAAAACCGAUCAAUAUGAGAUUAUUGUCGGUGAUUGUGUUGAGUAUAUGAAAAAGUUCAUUGCCGAGGGACGUAAAUUUGAUUAUGUUUUUGGUGAUCUAACUGACAUACCCAUAUCGGGUGCACCGAUUGGUGAAUGUUGGGACUUUAUACGUACAAUAUUUGAGCAUUCGUUUAAAGUAUUGAAACCGGAUGGUAAAUAUCUUACCCAUGGCAAUGGCACCAGCUGUAUUGAAUCUUUGGAAUUGUUCGAGGAGCAGCUGGGGCUGUUAAAGCCAAAAGUAAAAUUCACUACAACUAAAGCGUUUGUGCCAUCGUUUAUGGAAGAAUGGCUUUUCUAUCAAGUAACCUUCGCUUGACCAGCUCAAGAGGAAGAGGAAACAUUAGCAGCAACAGAGCGACGACUACGACGGGUUAGCAACAACAACAACAACAACAUCAACAAUAAGAUCAGUGAAGAAAUUAUGCAAUCAACUAAAACGACAAUUAGUAUCACAAAGUGUCUCCAAAAUGCUACUUCCAGCACACCACUACUAGAACCAUCACAACAAGCAAUAAGAACAACAACAACAACACUCGAGCCGAUUAGGGAAACGCUCAAACUGCACUCCUAUACCAUCACUCUUCAUGGAGGUGAGCCGAAUCCGGUGCCGCCAACGCCAACGCCGCCAAAGCAGCGUCGUCGUCAAAGACGUGUUCACUAUCAUCAUGCAUUGGUUUCAUAGUGAUGGACAUUAACAUCAUCGUCAUUAUCAUCAUCAACAAAAAAGACAACCUACAUACAUCGGUGCCAUCAUUACCACCGCCGCUGUUGCCAUCGCCAGAAAACCACCAACAACGACAACAACAACAACAAGAACACCAGCAACAACUUCACAUCCAUUUCCACCGCCAAGACAAACACCAAUAAAAAGCACUUCCAAUGGCUGUUACUUACAACUGAUGAGAAAACCAAACCAAAUAUUUGAACCCAAUUUGUUUAAUUUAAGUUAGCAAUUAAUUCACAUUUUUCGGCCGAUAUUGAUUUCAACACAAAAACUCAACUCUAAACUUAAGUCGAAAGUACAACAAGGCAACAAAAAAACAAAACAAAAAAGAAUGAAGAAGCUAAAAGUGUUAUGUAUUUGUUUUAUGUUUUAAUUUAAAUUAUGUCUAAGCAUAAAAUGUUUGCAGACUAUAUGUAGUAGUAUUAUCAUAUAACAUAUAUAUAUACAUACUUACAUACAUACAUAUUGUAUAGAGUGCAUUUUCCAUUUACGAUUUUACAUAAAUAGUAAGCAGGACCUAACUCGCCUUUGUGUCUGUGUAUGUGUGUCUGUAUAAAAGAAGAAAGAAAAAAGCGUGUGCGAGGAAAUGUAGCAUUCAGCACCGUCAUUUAUAUUGCUGUAAAACAACUCAAACCAAAACCAAAAGGGGCAAGUGUCACCUGAUACACAUUUUAACAAAAACAAAGUACUUAAAAAGUAAUAAAUAGUCGUACGCAGAAAUAAUUUA